UUAUUCCUUUCCUCUCGUAGCCGACGCGAGUUCACAGUUUCCGUCACAGCGUUCGGAUGGCGAUGAGAUUCUCCGUUGUGUUCGCCGUCGGUGUGGCUCUAUUGCUUGCCGUCGCUUCGCCGGCGGGCGGUUCGCUGCUGCCGUUCUUGGACCGGGGCGGGAGCCCGCUGUUGGAGCGGUUCCCGGACCCGUUCCGAAUGCUGGAGCACGUGCCUUUCGUGCUGGACCGGGAUGACGUGGCGGCUGUCUCCCACGCCCGGGUCGACUGGAAGGAGACCUCCGACGCCCAUCAAAUCAUGAUCGACGUCCCCGGGUUAAAGAGGGAGGAGCUAAAGAUAGAGGUGGUGGAGAACCGGGUUCUGAGGGUGAGUGGCGAGAGAAAGAAAGAGGAGGAGAAGAAGGGGGAGCAAUGGCACUACGUGGAGCGCUCCUACGGCAAGUUCUGGAGGCAAUUCCGGUUGCCGGAGAACGCCGAUGUCGACAAGGUGUCGGCGAAGCUAGAGGACGGCGUGCUGACCGUGACGCUGCCGAAGCUGGCGCCGGACCAGAUCAAGGGCCCCAGGGUGGUGAGCAUUGCCGGUGGCGAAGCAGAGAAGGAGAAGCUAGGAGGAGCCCCUGAGGCCAAGAAGGUUGAGCUCUGAACCGAGCUCGUCAGCGACUUCUUUUGGUUCAUGUUCUGCUGAGUGUCAUCAAUAUGUUUGAUACUGUCAAGAUGAAAAAUAUUAAAUGGUAUCUUGUGCAUGUAUUUAGGAUGGUCAUUCCCUUGGCUGGAUGCAUGGGAGACUGGCCGUCGUAAUGUGAAUCUUUUUUGUUUUCCGUCACCUUUUGGCCAUCUUUGCAACGAACGUUUCUUCUUGGGAAGUUGC